GGAAUUGUAGUUCUGGGAAUUAGCCAGGCUUCCUCAAAGGGCUCUGGGAACUACACUUCUUGUUGAGCGAACGGCUCCCGCAGGCCGCGCGUUACGGGGGCGUCACACUGCCCGCACCCGGGUCCCGAGCUGCAGAGUGUUUGAGGGGCAGGUCGGAGGGGGGUGCCUUUUCCUUCACUCUGCGCUCAGGCCGUGCCGAUCCGUGUUAUCUCGCCCCUCUGCCGUGCGCUCCUGGCCCGGCUCCCGGUGUCAGCUUUUCCUGGGCCCCUCAAGGAGUUGGGGCCUGGAGGUUCGGAGUUAACGGCCGCUGCCUGGCGCGGGAGAGAGGGGCGCUCCCCUCUUCAGUCCAGCCAACCCCGCACCUGGCCCUUGCCUCCAUGGGCCCAACUCAGAAACCCAACGUGUGCCGCCAGCUGAGUCGCCGGGCUCUAGGCUUCUUCUCGCGGGACGCAGGCGUGGUGCAGAGGACGAACCUGGGCAUCCUGAGGGUGCUGGUGUGCCAGGAAAGUACUAAAUUUAAGAAUGUGUGGACAACUCAUUCCAAGUCACCUAUAGCCUAUGAGAGAGGAAGAAUAUAUUUUGACAAUUAUCGGUGCUGUGUCAGCAGUGUUGCCUCAGAGCCAAGAAAACUUUAUGAAAUGCCAAAAUGUUCCAAAUCAGAAAAAAUAGAGGAUGCAUUAUUAUGGGAAUGCCCGGUGGGGGAAAUACUUCCCAAUUCAUCAGAUUAUAAAUCUUCACUCAUAGCACUGACUGCUCAUAAUUGGCUAUUUCGCAUAUCAGCAACUACUGGGAAAGUACUUGAGAAAAUAUAUCUUGCUUCAUAUUGCAAAUUCAGAUACCUGAGCUGGGACACUCCUCAAGAAGUCAUUGCAGUCAAGUCAGCUCAAAACAAGGGCUCAGUAUUGGCCCGGCAGGCGGGCAUUCAACAGCCUGUUUUGCUGUACCUUGCAGUGUUCCAUGUUUUACCUUUUUCACUCAUAGGGAUUCUGGAGAUCAACAAGAAGAUUUUCGGGAACGUUACAGAUGCUACCUUGUCUCAUGGAAUACUGAUUGUGAUGUACAGCUCAGGACUGGUCAGACUCUAUAGCUUCCAGGCCAUCACUGAACAGUUCAUGCAACAGAAACUUGACUUAGGGUGUGCAUGCAGAUGGGGUGGGACUGCUGGAACUGUAGGAGAGGCUCCUUUUGGCAUUCCUUGUAAUAUUAAAAUCACAGAUGGUUCCUGGAUGCCAGAGAGGACGCAUACGCCAGACCACCAUCACACACCACCACUGCUCUUUGAGGUGUCCUCCCUGGAGAAUGCUUUUCAAAUUGGAGGCCAUCCUUGGCACUACAUCAUCACACCUAAUAAGAAGAAACAGAAAGGGGUUUUCCAUAUUUGUGCCCUGAAAGACAACUCCUUGGCAAAAAAUGGGAUCCAAGAAAUGGAAUGUUGUUCUCUAGAAUCUGACUGGAUCUAUUUUCAUCCUGAUGCUUCUGGUAGAAUAAUACAUGUCGGCCCAAAUCAGGUCAAAGUUCUAAAGCUAAAUGAAGUAGAAAAUAAUAGUGCCCAGCAUCAGAUCUCUGAAGAUUUUGUCAUUUUGGCCAACAGGGAGAAGAACAAAAAUGAAAACUUACCCACUGUUACAGCUUCUGGACGGGUGGUGAAAAAAAAUUUUAACCUUUUGGAUGAUGACCCAGAACAAGAGACUUUUAAAAUUGUGGACUAUGAAGAUGAGCUGGAUUUGCUUUCCGUGGUAGCUGUUACCCAAAUAGACGCUGAAGGAAAAGCUCACCUGGAUUUCCACUGUAAUGAAUAUGGAACUUUACUUAAAAGCAUUCCACUAGUGGAGUCAUGGGAUGUGACAUACAGCCAUGAAGUCUACUUUGACAGAGACUUGGUACUACACAUAGAACAGAAACCAAGCAGGGUCUUCAGCUGCUAUGUUUACCAGAUGGUAUGUGACCCUGGUGAAGAAGAAACAACAAACAGAAGUUGUGAAAAAGAGUGAGAUAAUUUUAAAUUUUGAGAUAUAACUUAUGAGAACUUUAGCCACAUAACCCCAGCAGCUAUGUUCAGUCCUCCUUUUUGUUAUCUGCAUAGCAAGUUCUCUAGUAUUUUCUAGAAAAGGUCUUGUGUUGUCUUCAGAUGACUGUGACUUCUUUUUUAAAUUCUUGCCAUACAAGGGGGUGGUAAGGAGCAUUUUAGAGCUUUUCACUGGUGGUGGCGCAAAUAUUAAGUGUUGGGGAGCACAAAAUACAAGUUAAUUUCAGUUGUUGGGAGAGGGUUAUUGAUGGAGAAGUAUUUAACAUGGUUCUUAAAGGAUGGUAUGGAAUUUUGAUAGGUAAGACUAGACAGGAGAGACAGACAGACGUAGAAGAUACAGAAAGAAAUUCUCUAACCUCUACGCCAAACUUUGCCUAAGGGUGAGAAAGGAGAUCUGUAAUGUGAAAGAAUACUUUUGAGCCAUAAAUAUAUCAUCACAUUUUAAAAAUAAUAUAUAUGUAUAUGUAUGUUUUAUAUUUAUAUAUAGCAUUAGGAAUUGGCUCUAGUUCCCAGAUUAUCUUUUAUUCCAUGAUUUUAUUUUCUUGGCUUGGUGUUCCCAUUGAUUAUUUUUCUAUCAUAGACUAAUGUAAAAGAUUCCAAGAAAAGAAAUUUUUUUCUGACGUAUAGCCUGUUCAGCUCUUAAUACAUCUAAGAAUGUUGUACUCAUCUCACCAUUCUAUUUAUUUGGUGAGUUUUCCAAUUCUGCUUAUAGGCAGUAUUUUCAUACCUAUGCAAUAAGAUAAAGGUAUCCUGGAUCCCACCAGUUCUGCUCCUUGUAGAAGAGUAGAUAAAGUCUCAAUUCCUACUAGCUUGGGGAUUGACUGAUUAGCUAGAAAAGGCUUUUGGCUCUAUCUUAGUUGUGAAAUGAGUAUUUUUUUUCUUCUUUGUUAGGACAAAUCUAAAUUUAAUCCUUGAACUCAGAUAAUCGUUCUACAGAUUGUUAAAUAAAAGCAACCUAAGGGAGAAAAUUGUUUCUUUUUGCUUCCUGUUUGAGAAAUCCAGUUGCUGCAAUCCACAUGUUCAGCACAUUUCUGAUUCAGUCUCAAAAGAAUAGUAAAAAUAGAAGGGGAGGAAACAGAGUAAAAAUCAUUGCUGAUUCAAAUUUAAGAUUAAAUUCAGGAUUUUAGCUUAGAUAAUUUACAUUAAAAUUCAGUGUUGGGGGUGGCUCAGUUAGUUAAGUGUACCAACUCUUGAUCUCAGCUCAGGUCUUGAUCUCAGGGUCAUGAAUUCAAGCCCCGCAUUGGGGUAAGAUAAAAGAAAAAAUUUAAAUCCUUCCGUUUUUCCUUCGGCUUUGGCUUCAUCCCAUGUUAAGAAUGAUGUGAAUCUUCCCUUUUCUGCCCUUGAAUUUUGCAGAUAAAUUUCAAACUUAUUAGAAUCAACAGGGCUGAAGAGAAAAUGUGUUAACCUAUUCCAGACAUCAAGAAAUUAGUAGCACAGUCCUUAAAUUUAAAAAGAAAUAAAGGGAGCAAACCUAAAACUGUCUUUUGUGCAGUAGAAAAGAAGAUUGCUGACAUUUUAGAGUAAGAGAAAAUAUUUAUAUGUGGGCUAAAGAGAAAUCUUUCUGAAUCUGAUCCAAAGUUUUGGGAAAGCAGAAGUGAUUACCUCAUGAGCAAGAUAAUAACUAUCUUCAUGUAUUAAAUUCUAUACUUUCAUAUCUACUAAUUGAAAAAUCUACUCUUGUUUUCUGUACCUUUAAUAGUACUAUUUAAUAUAAUGUUUGAAGCUUUCAGAGCCUUUUAGAGACAUGUUUGUGGUUACAGCAGUUGAAUAGGUAUGAUGUGCUGGCUAUUGCCCCAAACUCCCAACUGGACACUAACUGUAUCUAAACAGUCAUACCCAGUGAAUUUACACCUUGAAAAACAAGUUCUGGAUAAGAGGUAAUAGAUAAUAAAUACCAAAGAAAAGAAAGAAACCAGUGUUAUAUGGGUUUCAAAGAGAUGCAGUGCUAUAUAAAAGCCGAAGGCCUGCUCUUCAAGAAUGUUUCAGAAAAGGAUGUCCUAAGACUUCAAUCCUGUCUGGUUUUUUAAAGAAGGAGCUUGUUGAGUUUCCCCUUCUCCUUUAAGUCAUUAUCUUCUUUUGAUGAAAUCAUAGGAACUCAUCGGCUCAGAAAGGCAUCUGAGAACUAGCUGAGAUUCUUAGCUGCUUUUUAGGCUGGGCAGGUAUGAGUGGGUGGGUAGAAUAUUUCAAGGCUAGGUAUGAACUGACCGCUAAAAAACUCCUAAUGUUUCAUUACUGCCAAAAUCAAACCAGACCAGGAUCCACAUGCCCUAUGAACCAGGCAGGAAAUGUACCUGAGGUGAAAGUCCAUAGGGAGUUGUGGGGAGUGUAACAAGCAGAAGGGUCAUGCCCCAAGUAAGAGGACAGGCUGCUCCUACAUAGUUUUAGCCAACCGUAACAGUAUGUGGGAAUGUGGGCUACAUGAUUGUUAACAGGAUGGUUGAUAAAAAGAUGCCAAAAGGUAGAAGAUUCUAAAGAAAGUGGGAAGUGUAUGGAUAACACACACAACAGGAGACAGUACAGCAUGCUUCCCAAACAAGCUUCCCAGCUUCCCAUAGGGCUACUGCAGCUGCUCAUUCAUUGCAGGCAUGACACUGCAAUUUUCUGGGGUGGAGGAAAGUGGCAGUUAAUAUUCUCCUGGCCCCACCUUAAUCCCCAUUGUCUGCCUGACUGUUUGAGUCUUUAACUGUGUGCCCACCUUCUUAACAAGCACUAGUGAUAAGCAUAAAACAUUAUGGAUAACGUUUCUGAGUGUUUAAUGCAAAACCGAGGGAAGCAGUAUAGCUUCUUUCAACAAGUCUAAACAAUAUGCUGAUAAGUGUAUUUCUGCAUUUCACUACUUUCAAUUCUGUAUCCUCGCCGUAUCAGUGCAGCAGGGAUAUCGUUCUUUGACUUUCUAAAACAUUUCUCACAAUUUGAGGGGUUUGAAUUACCUAGUGAGGAGAAGAUGUUCUAUUUAAACAAAUUAAGGUACUCCACAUUCUUCCACCAAUUGAAUGUUUUGUUUUUUGUACGUACUUUUAAAAAAAAUGAUAACUUAAAUAUAUUGAGUGCUUUCUAUCUACCAAUCACUGUGAUACAUGUAAAAUGAAUUGGCUCACUCAACAUUCAGAAUAAUCAUAUGAAGUACAAACUACCAUUAUCCUUCCACAGUUUGUAAAUGAGGAAAGUGAGUCUUAUAGAAGUUGAUUUGCUCAAGGUCCUACAACUAGUAAGUACAGAGUUAGGAAACAUCCAGGUUUGUUUGACAUAUUCUUAUGCCGGAUUUCCUCCAGAGCUCUCAAAAACAAAUGAUGUUAUUUUAUCUCAUAUAUAGCAUACUAACAAUGAUAAUACUAGGUAUAGGAAAAUGCUUAGUAAAUGUUUUUUAAAUGAUUAGAUAUCCAAAUUUUGGACAAAGUUUGAAUGAGAUACAGUUGGCCUAUUCACAUAUAUUACCUGAUAUAAAAGAUGAUUCUGUUCAGUGGUUAAAAGUAUUUAAAAAAAAAUACAAAAUCUGGUACUCUCAUCCUAUUUGUGGAUGAUAAUAAACAUCAGUAUUAGUAAUUACUCUUUAGGUAACUUGGCUUCCUUUUUAAUAAUUUUUAUAGUUUCUUACCUUUCUUACCAUGUUUAUGUAUGUUAUCUAACUUAGAAUUUCAAUUUCAGGGAAAAUUCUGGGGCUAAUUUCUGGUCCCUGUGUUGCUAUAGAACCUACCUCUGUCUUACAGAAGGAAUAAUUUAUAACAGGCAUAGAAUAUAUAUUAGAAAAAUAAGACCAACUGAGGGCUCUUCUCCAUCAUUUUAAUAUGAAAAUUUUCAAACAUACAGCAAAGUUGAUGGAAUUUUACAGUAAAUACCCAAUUGCCAACUUCAUGGAUCCUAAAUUUUACAUCUAUAUUUUAUUACUCAUCUAUCCAUGUUACUUUUAUGAUGCAUUUCAAAGUAAAUUGCAGACAUCAGUAUACUUCCCCCAAAUACUUCAGCAUGCAUAUAAGUAAGUAGAGUUUAAUGUUUGGUUUUUAAAUUUUUUGAUGUACACUUAACAUGCAGUGAAAUGCACAAAUGUUAAAUAUAAACUUGCUGAGAUUUUGCAAAUGCAUUCAUCUCUGUAACCCAAACCCUUUUCAAAAUUUCAAACACAGUAGUCAUUCCAGAGAGUUUCCUCAUGUUCCUUCCCAGUCAAUUCCCACCCCACCUAUCACCUGUUUCGAUUAUUUUGCCUCACAGAUUAAAUUUACCCAUUCUAAAACUUGAUAUGAAUGAAUUCAUACAAAGCAUAACGCUUCCUUGGUCAGCAUGUUUUUGAGGUUAAUUCAUGUCGCAUGUACCAGUGACUCAUUCCUUUUUAUUGCUGAGUAGUCUUCUGUAUGAAUGUCAGUUUGUUUUUUCCAUUUUCCUGUUGAUGGACA